AAGGUGGGGUAACCCUGUUGAGAGCAGCAGCCAAAAACCACGCUCGAGUGACGGUAGUGUGCGAGCCAGAGGACUACGCCGCUGUGUCCACAGAGAUGCAGAGCUCUGACAGCAAAGACACCUCCUCAGAGACCAGGCGCCAGUUGGCCUUGAAGGCUUUCACUCACACGGCACAAUAUGAUGCAGCAAUUUCGGAUUACUUCAGGAGACAGUACAGUAAAGGAAUAUCUCAGAUGCCCUUGCGGUACGGAAUGAACCCUCAUCAAACUCCGGCCCAGUUAUACACACUGCAGCCCAAGCUUCCCCUCACAGGUAAAGGCUGAAUGUUCGGGUGCAUGGUUUGCUGUG